AUGAUCAAUAAGUACUUUUUAAGACAGUGUUUGGUUGCAACUGGCUUCAUUUUGCAAUGUUUUAGCGUAAACAUAUCUUUAGCAUUUCCUUCAAUCUUAAUCCCAAUACUGCUGUCUUCAAAUGCCAAAGAGUUCAGAAUAACACCUGACGAGGCUUCUUGGCUGGCUUCUUGCAAUACCAUUACUGGUCUGAUCGGGCUUUUCACUCUACCACCAAUAAUGCAAAAGUAUGGCCGAAAAGUGAUAAACAUCGGUACAGCAGUAACUCAGUUAAUGGGUUGGUUACUUUACAUAUUCACUAAUAGUGUAGCGACUCUCUACGUCGCCAGACUAACUCAUGGACUAUGUCUAGGCUCCGUUUACCUUCAUUGUGUAAUUGCAAGCGAAUAUAGUGAUCCCAAACGAAGAGGUUAUCUGGUAGCAAUUAAGAAAAUGAUGGGAACUGUAGGAGUUUUAACAUGUCAUGCGCUAUCGCUUUCUUGUACUUGGAAACAGAUAGCGAUAUUUGCUAUAUUUCCAUAUAUAAUGAUAAUUAUUAAUGGUUUGUACUGGCCAGAAAGUCCCUCGUAUUUGGCUAUGAAAGGAAAGUUCGAGGAGUGCAAAUAUUCCUUCUACUGGCUACACGGAAAGUCAACGGAGAAACAAAACGAAUUGAAGAUAUUAAUGGCCGCACAGACAGAAACUAUGCUGAAGAAUAAAAGAAAAAAGAGUAAUAUUAUAAUAGAAAUAUUGUAUAGCUUCCGUGACAAGAUAUUUUUAAAAUCUUUUAUAUUAACCACAUUAUUGAUAUUAGCUAUUGAUGUGUCUGGAAGGUUUUAUCUCCUAACUUAUGUUAUACAGAUUAUAAGAGAAAUUGUAUCGGAUGAAGUGACUGCAGGAUAUUGUACUAUAGUUGUCGAUUUAUUAACAAUACUCGCGUCUUUUUUAUCAAUUUUUCUUAUACACAAUCUCAAAAGGCGUACUGUACUUUUCUCUUCAGGAAUCUUUUCAGGUACACUCAUGUUAAUAUUAAGUUUAAUACUGUUUUUAAAACAACAAUACCAACUAGAUUCCUACUCGUCUGUAAGGUGGUCAUCAAUUUGUAUUGUUAUAUUACUUAAUUUUGUAUUGUAUGUAGGAUUAAUACCAGUGUCUUAUAAUAUUAGUGGGGAAAUCUUUCCUGUUGAAUACAGAGGUAUCGGACCUUCUGUAUCGGGAUUAUCUUUUAUGACAUUUUAUUUUACAACUAUGAAAUAUACUCCUGCUAUUAUAGAUGGAACAGGAUUACAUGGGAUGUAUUUAAUAUAUGGGUUGUGCUUGUUAUUAUGUAUACUUGUCUUAUAUUUUAUAUUACCAGAAACUAAGGAUAGGACCUUACAAGACAUUGAAGAUGAAAUGAAAGGGGUGAAUAGGACAGCAACAGAAGUAAAACCAAUGUUAGAUGAAACAAUGGAAGAAUGUGCGAAAUAA